UCAGUGUGUGAAGAUGACUUUGACCAGCAGGAUGCAGAGGUGGUCUGUAGGGAGCUUGGCUGUGGGGCUCCUUCAGUCCUCCAGGGGCGCUCUACGGAGAAGUGGAGGCUCCGAUGAGGACCAAAGAGUUCCAGUGUGGAGGCCAUGAGUCUGCUCUCCUGGACUGUAGAAGCUCAGGCACAGAUAGAAACACCUGCUCACCUGGAAAAGCUGUUGGACUCACCUGCUCAGACUCUGUCAGGCUGGUGAAUGGGACCAGUAUGUGCUCAGGCAGACUGGAGGUGAAGAAUAACCAGUCUUCCCAGCGCUGGUCCUCAGUGUGUGAAGAUGACAUUGACCAGCAGGAUGCAGAGGUGGUCUGUAGGGAGCUUGACUGUGAGGCUCCUUCAGUCCUCCAGGGGGCGCUCUACGGAGAAGUGGAGGCUCCAAUGAGGACCAAAGAGUUCCAGUGUGGAGGCCAUGAGUCUGCUCUCCUGGACUGUAGAAGCUCAGGCUCAGAUAGAAACACCUGCUCACCUGGAAAAGCUGUUGGACUCACCUGCUCAGAGCCUAAUGCUGUUAGGUUGGUGGGAGGAGCCAGUCGCUGUGCAGGAACACUGGAGGUGAAACAUCUGGGAGAAUGGAGACCAGUGAAUUACUAUGACUUUGACUGGACCCUGAAGACAUCAGAUGCUGCCUGCAGAGAGUUAGACUGUGGCUCUGCUGUUUCUGUAAGAGAGAGAGAAAAGUUUUCACACAUAUCUGUGUGGAGGAUCAGCAAUUUCUGUGUUAAGUCUGGAUCUGCCCUGAGGAAGUGUGCAAUACCAUAUUACUCUUCCUCCAUCCUGAAUCUCACCUGCUCAGACUCUGGUCUCUGGCUGGUGAAUGGGACCAGUCUGUGUUCAGGCAGACUGGAGGUGAAGACUAACCAGUCUACCCAGCGCUGGUCCUCAGUGUGUGAAGAUGACUUUGACCAGCAGGAUGCAGAGGUGGUCUGUAGGGAGCUUGGCUGUGGGGCUCCUUCAGUCCUCGAGGGGGCGCUCUACGAAGAAGUGGAGGCUCCGAUGAGGACCAAAGAGUUCCAGUGUGGAGGCCAUGAGUCUGCUCUCCUGGACUGUAGAAGCUCAGGCUCAGAUAGAAACACAUGCUUACCUGGAAAAACUGUUGGACUCACCUGCUCAGAGCCUGUUAGGUUGGUGGGAGGAGCCAGUCUCUGUGCAGGAACACUGGAGCUGAAACGUCAGGGAGAAUGGAAACCAGUUAUAAACGUUAUAAUCUAGUCAUGUUAUGAUGGGAAGUGGAAGUGACUAUGCUCUUCUUCUCCGUUUUUGGUGAAUUUCUG